UAUGAAUAGUCUCAAUGUUCGCAAGACACGCAAUCCUGAAGACAGAUCGUCUGACGCUACCAUGUCCUCUACUCCGGGUCUGCAUGAAUCCCCAGUUGGGAACCGUAGAGGACCGAGCGAGGUAAUUUGUGCCUCGUCCCUUUCAUACCUGACUGUUCUUAACCAUGUUUGUCUAGUCACCAAGCAAUCGUGUUGUAUCCAUGGAAGGGGAUCAGCAUGGCUCCAAACCGGGACUUGUCAAGAAGUUCUUCCGUUCGUUUGACUCCAGAGGAAGAAAAUCUAGCAUUGAGAAUCCCAUCAUUCCGAUUUCUCUCCCAAUGGGAUUGGAAGGCUCAACGGCGAAUACAUCCAGAGCGCCCUCCGGUGACAUAACCUACGGUUUCGACAAUUCCGCCCAGCAGGACCGCAACUUUUCACUCGAACGGCGCAGGACAUUUGGGCAGCUGACUAUUCCUGCCAUAGUUCCAGGUGUUGAAAUCGUUCCUCUGAGUCACAGAAUUGGUGUGGAAGAGACGCUCCUGUACACCUAUGUCAGAGUCGAGCUCAACCUGCCGGAGCUUUCGAAUCCCGACGAACUACCUCACGAUUUCCCUCUCGACAUCAUCUACAUAAUGGAUAACACAUCUUCCACGCCGCCAGUGAAGCAGAGGGAAUUCAGCGAGCUCGUCUUCAAGUGGGUCACCAUGCUUAAUCGGGACAGAGUUCGAUUCGCAGUGGCCUGCGUUAAUGACAGCCCCGAGGGUGGUCUAAAGUACCUUCUGCGGCUGGGCAAGCAUUCGCGACAGGGUGCAAAGGUCGAGAUAGACAAGUUUCACGAGCACCACUUAACUCCUAGAAAACAGGAGGGCCUCCUGCUGCGCAAGGCAGUCAGCCAAGCAUCUCACGAUCUUCUAGCUGGUGAUGGAAAGGCUUUGUGCCAUAUCGUCCUUGUCACGUUUGAGCCGCCUGACCCGUUUCCUAUGCCAAAGAUGGACCGGCGCGUGGGAUUCCACACUGUCUCCCCUGGAGCUCGAUUCAACUUCGCAGAUAAUGUUCCGCCAUUUGGAUGGCACGUGCAGAUGACGGCCUACCCGACUCAUACCUCGUACAUCCAGAGAAUCCAACACAUAAUGAGCCAUUUACACACUGGCAUCAAUGCUGGAGCCGUCAGCAAUCUCACAAUCAAGCUCAAUGCAGGAGAUGGAUGUCUGAUAGAAUCAUCGGCGAAUGACAUCAAAUUUGAAAGGCUCCGUCUAGGUGAGCUAUGGACAGUCCCAAUCUAUGUGAGGGUUCCUGCGGCAUCUAUCAAGCAAAUGGUUGGCCAUGACAUCCCAGAGGAGCAAAUGCCCAUCAGGGACGAUGAAAACUUGAGCAUCGAUGAGCUCUUUUCUCAGCUACAGAGAAUGGUGAGUAUGCCUAAGCAGAGCGAUCCACAACGCAUCUAUACGGCUGUGCUGGAAUACGAUUAUUCCCCUGUUCCUGGAACGCGUGUGUCACAGGUCGCUACUUGUAACGUUAUUCGCAUUCCUCCGGAUCCGCGCACGCCUAGAAGACGUCACAAUCCGCAGGGCCUACCAUAUGGUGGUCCUGGUGCUCCCUUCAACACUACUGGGCCUGGAACCCCCCUCAACGCUACUGGUGCCCUCAAUGUCGCUGGUGCUCACUUGGCAUAUGGGAGCAUGCAGAAUCUCCGUCAUGCAGCUGGUGACCCGCGUGAGACUCCACGUCAGGGCUCGUAUGGAAACACCAGCGUACUCAAACAGUUCCCAUUCAACCAGGGUCAGCCAUCUCCGAUGGCCUCCAGCGCUCAUUCUCAGCCUCACCCACAGUCCUUCAAGGACCGUUUUACUAGAUCCCAUGAGAAUAUGAGAUCGAAGUUCAAGCUAUUUUCUGACAAGCAGAAGCUUCAAGGUGGACUCCAGGAGGAUCCUGUGCCCGAGGAGCCAAACUACGAGUCAGACUACGAGGAGCCACACUACGAGAACAUUUUCUGAACGGAUGGUCUUCUCUUGAUCAUUAUCACGCUGGUGAAUUGGAUUGGUUGAGCAGUUGGCUAAGUGGCUGACCUGGAUAUUUUCUCUCGAUAUGUUUUCAUGCCACUUUUUUUUCACUUGUUCCUCGCUUUACAAGCUCGAUGACACCCUUUUGGGUUGUGCCUAUGCACUUCAUUUCUCACUUUUCUUGAGAUCUCGAGACCCUUCGGAGCCAUAGUGCUCAGCACAUGAGCCUUUUGUGGCCCGUUACGG